GUUGGUAGUUGCGCCGCGGGCGAGGCGCCGUUGCUGUAUGUGGGCGAGUGAGCGGCGAGGUGCUGCGGACAGAACGCGGCGCCGGGACAUAUAUUCAGCAUGGGAUUGCUUACCAACCUCGCUCGAGGCCUGGUCCGAGGUGCAGACAGAAUGGCUGAAUUUACCAGCAAACGUGGACCCAGAAGCCAUAACAAAGGCAGAGGAGCCAGGAAAUUGGGUUAUGUCACCUUAGGUGGGAAAUUUAUCAAAAUUAAGGAAAUGGUCCCUGAAUUUGUGGUUCCAGAUUUGACAGGGUUUAAGCUCAAGCCAUACGUUUCCUAUAAGACUCCUAAAGGGACAGAACCACCACUGACGGCCAAACAGCUUUUCAUGGAUGUUGUUGCCCCACAGAUUGAGAAGGAUAUUAAAGAUGGAACUUUUGACCCCCAUAACCUUGAGAAAUAUGGAUAUGAACCUACUCAAGAAGGCAAGCUCUUCCAGUUGUUUCCCAAGAACUAUGUACGUUAAGAAGUAAAGAUUAUAGCCUUCCCUGGAAAGUUUCUGCAGCAACACAGGAAACUUACAAAAAUAUUGUUUUUAAAUCUGAUAAAAUGUUGAAUAUGGAGAUUUCAGCUACAGAGGGAAAAACAUCCUGCCCUUUUUCAGUACCUAUUAAAGAAAAAUUCUACUGA